AUGUCAGACAGCACUUACUGGGUACUUGGUUUACUUGUUGAACCUCCCCACUAUAUAAUGGCUGAAUCUCAAUUGAAACAAGAAGUUUAUUAUAGUACUGUUCCAUAUUCUCAACAGCAAAUUGAUGAUUUUAUUGAUGAAGAUUUAAACUUAAUUUUAAACGAAAAUUUAUGGCAUGAACAUAAGCGCAAUAAAGAAACAAAUGAUAUAUGUAGUAUAUGUAAAAUACCAAAAGAUUCAAUAUGGUGGAUAAAAGUAAAAGGUGAAAUAUGUGUAGGAAACAUGGAUAAUAUUGAAGAUUUACUUGAUAAAUCAUUGAAAGAACGGCAUCAUGAAUGGCAUGAACUUUAUUUAGAUGGUGACAUAUAUACGGAUAAAUAUCAAAAACAUCCACAAACAGAAAUAUGCUAUUUUAAAUAUAAAACACCAAUAAAAUUUGUAUCACCACGUGAUACAUGUUAUUUAAAAAUGCGUAGAGAUUUAUUUGAUAAUCAAGCAUUUAUUCUAUCUUAUCGUUCUAUUACAAUAAAUGAACAGAUUCCAUUAGAUAAACAUUGUGUUAGAAUAAUAUUUAAGGGUGCACAUAUGAUUGAAAGAAGGAAAAAUAAUCCGAAUCAAGGAUUCAUUUAUACUUAUAUUCAACAUGCAGAUGGUGCAGGUUCUAUUCCAAAACUAUUUGCUAAUUUUGCACAAUGUGAUAUAAUGUUAAACGAAAUUAAUGGCAUACGAAAAGCAAUGCUCAAUCCUAUUAGUCGACCUAACGUCAAUGAACAACCCGACAAGCAUCAACAAAGUCGAUUUAACAAAAAACUGGACUAUAAUAUACAGUUAUUGCAGAAAGAGCAAUCCGAUAAGCCUGGCUCUAGUUCAAAAUCUGAACCAAAACAUGGUAUUUUCAAACUAGAAAAGCAUUUAUCGUUGCCUGUCGGAAAGAAAACUGUCACAAAAGGAGACGUAAUAACAAAAACAAUCGAUCCUCUAGUAUCCAGGGAAGACAGAAUCAUCAAGGCCUUAGCUGAAUAUUCUGGUAAGAAUAUAGACAACAAGACGUUGUCAGUAGUGUCAGCAUCCCCAGUGCAACAGAAUAUAUUCGAAUCUGCACCGGAUAUAAUUUAUAAAGGUCCUGCUUCGAAUGAGACUUCAAAAGCAAGCGUACGAUACUGUGAUAUUCAACUAACUGAAAAAAAAUUACCAGCUGUCUAUGGUUAUUUGAACUCACCAUUAGUAUCAUUAGAAAUUGCUACUGAGCCAAUUUUACAUUUAGUUGAUAAUUUAAAACGUUUUGUAAACAUUGCAAAACAACAUUGUACGCGGGCAACAUCAUCAGACGCUGGUUUAACACAUGAUGAAUCAGCUGCUAUUUAUUUAUAUACAAUGGAAAUGGGUGAUAGUAGUUUUUAUCGUAUUUUGAAUAAAGCACUGCGUUCAGAAAAUCGUCCAGCAUUGAAACCAUGGUUUUAUUAUUUAAAACUUCUUGAUAAUGCUUUAAAUAAGUUAAAGCCACAAAAAAUUGUUACCUGGAGAGGAAUGUAUACGGAUGUGAGCAAAAAUUUUAAAAAAGACGAUAAAAUUGUUUGGUGGAGUAUUAAUUCUUGUUCAUCAUCCGUGGAUAUUAUCAAAGACUUUUUAGGAACAAAUAGUACAUUGUUCUUAAUUGAAUGUGUAAAUGGAAAAGAUAUAUCAUCCUACACGGCUUAUCCAAGUGAGAACGAGAUUCUUUUAAUGUCUGGAACUUGUUUAGAAGUUGUUAGUGAUCCAUUGAAUCUUGAAGGUACAUUGAAUAUUGUACAUCUGAGAGAAACAGAUACCAAUUAUUUUUGA